GUCUAUAAAUUAGAAGCAGUCUUACGACAUUUCAAAGUAGACAAUUAACUCUAAACGAAUGAUUCACAUAAUGGUUGAACUUCGCCCAAGACUGACAACUUUACGCACAAUUUACACACACAAGCCAAAUUUUGCCCAUAGAAAAUCAAGACAACGCAGAGGAUAUUCAUAAACUAACUAAAAGCGUCCAGGUGAACUUAUACUAUAGCCUUGAUUGGUGUAUUGAAAAUAGUGGAGAGCCAUCGCACCGAUACAGAUGCGCACCCCCAGAGCGAAUCGCUGGUACAGAUUGUGGCAGGAAGACGCACCACGGGAAGGAGUGGGGGUGUCAUUGUGCGACUUGGCCCGGAGGCACCCCGCGGCUUUCAGACCCGGAGUAGCGAUGGCGCGACCAUUAACUUCUUUACAGACACGAACAAUAAGUCGCAGCCCUUUGAUUCCGCCCCACACACACCCACCCCCUACCCUGAAACAAACACUCUCCAAGGUUUCACUCAAGCCACAGUCCAGAGAGUGACGUAUUUGAUGGGGUGGGUGGUUGAUGUGACACGGGAGUUAUGGCAUAGCAUGUAUUAUCAUCGUUUUUGUUUCGAUUUCUAAACCACCACCCCAAUACUCCCGGCAGAUUGUGUUCCUUCUCUAUCCAACCUAUCCACCUUCAAACACACUGACCCGGGAGAUUGAACCAGGAGAGCGGUGCUCUCUCGUUCUCCCCAUCUCGCCCUAUUACACAGCCAGGGAGAGGGGACCUUGGAGGCAACGGGAGCCUCGGAAAGGCUUAAAAGACACCAAACUCCAGAUAAUGGCAUUGUCCUGUGCCAUGGACUUGGGAGGGAAUUGUCAUGCUAAACGUUGACACUUAGGGAGAAAGUGGGAUGGGGUAAGAGGUACAGUGAGGGGAGGGAGGAUGCUCAGGGAUGAGCCACAAGUCAAAGCUGUAAAGAUGGUUAAUGGUACUGUACACGGCAACACUCAGAGAGACAACUCAGACAUAUCGAGUCUGUCUAGCACCAGGUCCAAAUAAGCUCCCUGUGCUACAGUGUAUUCUAAAUGCAUUAUCAGCCACGAGGAGGUGUGAGGGAGAGUCACACGUAUCUGUGUGUGUAAACAAUGUAGUUCAGACACACAGUCACCACUCACCAAUGACCCACCCAGGGUGACUGAGGGACAUAGGAGCAUAGUGGUGCAGCCUGGUUUCCACCAUUUAAACCAAUAUGCUUUAAGGUCAUUGCCAUAAUGAAUAUUGAAUAUUGAAUAUUUGUUAUUAUCGCCUUCAUCCCCUUCUGACUCCAUCAGAGAUGUUAUACAUUUUUGUCAGUUAGCAGACAGUCUUAUUUAGAGCAACUAGGGUUAAAUGCCUUGCUCAAGGACACAUUGAUAGAUUUUUCACCUUGGGGAAUCAAACCAACGACCUUUCAGUUACUGGCCAAAUGUUAACCGCUAGCCUACCUGCCACCCCAUACAGAUUGGCUUGCCCAGAAACACUUGUUUAUUUGUCCUGAGUGUCUGAGAGGUCACUGUGCACCAGGCCAUCACAGGGUGUAUAGGUACUGUAUAUACACAUAACUUCUUAUUCAGACCAGGAGUUUUUCCUGACCAGGAAUAACCCUUAGUUAUAGCCUAUAUACAACAACUAGGCCUUGGAGUUUUCCUGAGCCUUCUCCCUAUAGCACCCAUAGUAAACCCCCAGUUUUACUCCACAGUCUCCCCACCUCCCCCCUGCCGCCUACCUUCCCCCACAAACAAGACUGAUGGCUUUUUGAUUUUCUCCCUAACGGCCCUGCCUUUGACACCCACCACCAUCCCUCCACCCAUCGCAAACUUUCAGCAGUUGACCAAUAGCUGCCUCCCUACCACCGUCCACGAGGACAAUGGGCUUUAACGGUCCUCCUCGGAAGGCAGCUCAAUGGGGACAGUUACAAGAGCCCUCCAUCCACUCCCCUCCCCACACACAACCGCUUGCACACACACACACACACACACACACACACACACACACACACACACACACACACACACACACACACACACACACACACACACACACACACACACACACACACACACACACACACACACACACACGUUGAGGGGCAGACGGUUGAAGAGCAAAGAUGACCACAGUCAUUCUUGUCCACCAAAGAGAAUUGAGGAGUGUCAUAGAAAGUGUGAUAAAAAAAUGGUGAUGAAAGAUGAGAACUAGGGAAAGUGCUUUUUAUUGGACGUGGUGUGUGAUGUUAUACAGUACAUAAAUAGUCUGACAAAGAUGGAUGACCGAUUCAUCCCGCCAUGGGGACGCUCAGUUGUCUGAUCCCCAGCUCCCUACCCCAGCCCCUCCUUCUCCAGCCAUCCUCCUCUUCAUACUAUUUACAAGCCUUUAUUCAAUCCCACACAGCUUCAUUUGGCCUUUUUUUUUUGUGCGGAGUCCAUUUCAGUCCUUUAAAGAGCAACAUACUUGAGAGAUAUAGUAGUAUUGUAGAUUACUUUAUCACUGACCUCCACCCAGAAUCUCUCAGAGCGUUUGCACUCACUGACACCCGUAUCGGAUCACAGCAAAAUCAGUUGAACUUGAAAAGAGCAAUACUCAAACAGGAGGCGGCGAAGCAAAAGAAACUGCACAAUAUUAAGACACGCUAUAAAUGGAAGGAAAGUAGUGUGGAAACCUACCAAAAAACGAUGAGGCAACAACAAACUCAGUCCCUUUUAGACAACAUCCUGGACAGAACAUUUCACUGUAAUUAGUGAAGGUGUAAAUUUGGCAGUAGAAAGCCUAAACAGUGUAUUUGAACUCUCAGCUUCCCUGUCAAAUCAAAACAUUUCACUGUAAUUAGUGAAGGUGUAAACUUGGCAGUAGAAAGCCUAAACAGUGUAUUUGAACUCUCAGCUUCCCUGUCAAAUGAAAACAUUUCACUGUAAUUAGUGAAGGUGUAAAUUUGGCAGUAGAAAACCUAAACAGUGUAUUUGAACUCUCAGCUUCCCUGUCAAAUCAAAAGAUUUCAAGCAGACAAACCUAAGAAAAUUAAAAACAAUGACAAAUGGUUUGAUGAAGAAUGCAAAAAAUCUAAGAAAAGAAAUUGAGAAACCUGUCCAACCGAAAACAUAGAGAUCUACGCCUUCACUAUGGUGAAUCACUCGAACAAUACAGAAAUACAGAAAAAUAAGGAACCGCACGUCAGAAAUCAGCUCAAUGUCAUUGUAGAAUAUAAUCUAACCACUUCUGGGAAAUUUGGAACACACUAAACAAACACCACAAAGGGUCAUCGCCAGGCUCCCUACAGACGGCUCGUCAGGCUCUCAUGCCUCAGCCGGAUCACCAGGCUCCCCUGCUUCCUCCGGCUCGUCAGGCUCUCAUGCCUCAGCCGGAUCACCAGGCUCCCCUGCUUCCUCUGGCUCGUCAGGCUCUCAUGCCGCAGCCGGAUCACCAGACUCCCCUGCUUCCUCUGGCUCGUCAGGCUCUCAUGCCGCAGCCGGAUCACCAGACUCCCCUGCUUCCUCUGGCUCGUCAGGCUCUCAUGCCGCAGCCGGAUCACCAGACUCCCCUGCUUCCUCUGGCUCGUCAGGCUCUCAUGCCGCAGCCGGAUCACCAGACUCCCCUGCUUCCUCUGGCUCGUCAGGCUCUCAUGCCGCAGCCGGAUCACCAGACUCCCCUGCUUCCUCCGGCUCGUCAGGCUCUCAUGCCGCAGCCGGAUCACCAGACUCCCCUGCUUCCUCUGGCUCGUCAGGCUCUCAUGCCGCAGCCGGAUCACCAGACUCCCCUGCUUCCUCCGGCUCGUCAGGCUCUCAUGCCGCAGCCGGAUCACCAGACUCCCCUGCUUCCUCCGGCUCGUCAGGCUCUCAUGCCUCAGCCGGAUCACCAGACUCCCCUGCCUCCUCCGGCUCGUCAGGCUCUCAUGCCUCAGCCGGAUCACCAGACUCCCCUGCUUCCUCCGGCUCGUCAGGCUCUCAUGCCGCAGCCGGAUCACCAGACUCCCCUGCUUCCUCUGGCUCGUCAGGCUCUCAUGCCGCAGCCGGAUCACCAGACUCCCCUGCCUCAGCCGGUCUGUCAGGUUCCCGUGCCGCAGCCGGAUCACCAGACUCCCCUGCUUCCUCUGGCUCGUCAGGCUCUCAUGCCGCAGCCGGAUCACCAGACUCCCCUGCUUCCUCUGGCUCGUCAGACUCCCCUGCCUCAGCCGGAUCACCAGACUCCCCUGCUUCCUCCGGCUCGUCAGACUCCCCUGCUUCCUCCGGCUCGUCAGACUCCCCUGCUUCCUCCGGCUCGUCAGACUCCCCUGCUUCCUCCGGCUCGUCAGACUCCCCUGCUUCCUCCGGCUCGUCAGACUCCCCUGCUUCCUCCGGCUCGUCAGACUCCCCUGCUUCCUCCGGCUCGUCAGACUCCCCUGCUUCCUCCGGCUCGUCAGACUCCCCUGCUUCCUCCGGCUCGUCAGACUCCCUGCUUCCUCCGGCUCGUCAGACUCCCCUGCUUCCUCCGGCUCGUCAGACUCCCCUGCUUCCUCCGGCUCGUCAGACUCCCCUGCUUCCUCCGGCUCGUCAGACUCCCCUGCUUCCUCCGGCUCGUCAGACUCCCUGCUUCCUCCGGCUCGUCAGACUCCCCUGCUUCCUCCGGCUCGUCAGACUCCCCUGCUUCCUCCGGCUCGUCAGACUCCCCUGCUUCCUCCGGCUCGUCAGACUCCCCUGCUUCCUCCGGCUCGUCAGACUCCCCUGCUUCCUCCGGCUCGUCAGACUCCCCUGCUUCCUCCGGCUCGUCAGACUCCCCUGCUUCCUCCGGCUCGUCAGACUCCCCUGCUUCCUCCGGCUCGUCAGACUCCCCUGCUUCCUCCGGCUCGUCAGACUCCCCUGCUUCCUCCGGCUCGUCAGACUCCCCUGCUUCCUCCGGCUCGUCAGACUCCCCUGCUUCCUCCGGCUCGUCAGACUCCCCUGCCUCAGCCGGAUCACCAGACUCCCCUGCCUCAGCCGGAUCACCAGACUCCCCUGCCUCAGCCGGAUCACCAGACUCCCCUGCCUCAGCCGGAUCACCAGACUCCCCUGCCUCAGCCGGAUCACCAGACUCCCCUGCCUCAGCCGGAUCACCAGACUCCCCUGCCUCAGCCGGAUCACCAGACUCCCCUGCCUCAGCCGGAUCACCAGACUCCCCUGCCUCAGCCGGAUCACCAGACUCCCCUGCCUCAGCCGGUCUGUCAGGUUCCCGUGCACCAGUCGGCGUCAGGUUCCCGCACAUCAGCCGGACUGACACGAGUCUCAGCAGGGGUGACACGAGUCUCAGCAGGGGUGACACGAGUCUCAGCAGGGGUGACACGAGUCUCAGCAGGGGUGACACGAGUCUCAGCAGGGGUGACACGAGUCUCAGCAGGGGUGACACGAGUCUCAGCAGGGGUGACACGAGUCUCAGCAGGGGUGACACGAGUCUCAGCAGGGGUGACACGAGUCUCAGCAGGGGUGACACGAGUCUCAGCAGGGGUGACCGGUCCGCUCCUGAUCCCCGGGAUCGUCAUUUUGGUUGGCGUCCUGCGGCAGGAGCAAACUGUCACGUGUGCUCCCUCUCUGGCCUCUGGGUCACCAGGCUGCUCAUUAUGGUGCACACCUGUUACCAGCACUACGCUCACCUGGACUCUAUCACUUCCCUGAUUACCUUCCCUAUAUAAACUCAGCAAAAAAACAACGUCCUCUCACUGUCAACUUUGUUUAUUUUCAGCAAACCUAGAGACAUAAACUGAACAAGUUCCACAGACAUGUGACUAACAGAAUUUGAAUAAUGUGUCCCUGAACUAAGGGGGGUCAAAAUAAAAAGUAACAGUCAAUGCAGCUGGUGGCCACACCAGAUACUAAGUACUGCAGUGCAUCUCCUCCUCAUGGACUGCACCAGAUUUGCCAGUUCUUGCUGUGAGAUGUUACCCCACUCUUCCACCAAGGCACCUGCAUGUUCCCGGACAUUUUUGGGGGAAUGGCCCUAGCCCUCACCCUCUGAUCCAACAGGUCCCAGAUGUGCUCAAUGGGAUUGAGAUCCGGGCUCUUCGCUGGCCAUGGAAGAACACUGACACACCGCCCCAGACCAUGACGGACCCUCCACCUCCAAAUGGAUCCUGCUCCAGAGUACAGGCCUCGAUGUAACACUCAUUCCUUCGACGAUAAAUGCGAAUUGGACCAUCACCCCUGGUGAGACAAAACCGUGACUCGGCAGUGAAGAGCACUUUUUUUCCAGUCCCGUCUGGUCUAGUGGGUUUGUGCCUAAAGGCAUUAUAACAUUAUAAAAUCCAAAUUGUAGUUAAAAUAAAACAAAAAUGUCUUUCCUAAGGGCAGUGGGGUGAGACAUAUAUCAACGAAUUGGUGACUAGAACAGUCUGCAGCUCUCAGACUCACCCUGCAAAAUGUCAAAUGUCUGUUUGCUGAUGAACUAGUGGUUCUGUCUCCAACCAAGGAGGGCCUACAGCAGCACCAAGAUCUUCUGCACAGAUUCUGUCGGACCAGGGCAUUAGAACAGUCUGCAGCACCCGGCCUCACCCUACUAGAAUCUGAAGUCUACUGUUUGCUGAUGAACUAGCGGUUCUGUCUCCAACCUUCAGCCUUCAGCAGAACCAAGAUCAAUCAGUCAAACAAAAAUAACUGUGUUACAAAAAAGGUCCAGUUGCCAAACCAAAUCAAAUCUUAUUGGUCACAUACACAUGGUCAGCAGAUGUUAAUGCGAGUGUAGCGAAAUGCUUGUGCUUCUAGUUCCGACCGUGCAGUAAUAUCUAACAAGUAAUCUAAUUUAACAAUUUCACAACAACUGCCUUAUACACACACAAGUGUAAAGGAAUGAAUAAGAAUAUGUACAUAAAAAUAUAUGAAUGAGCGAUGGCCGAACGGCAUAGGCAAGAUGCAGUAGAUGGUAUAGAGUACAGUAUAUACAUAUGAGAUGAGUAAUGUAGGGUAUGUAAACAAUAUAUAAAGUGGCAUUGUUUAAAGUGACACAUUUAUUACAUCAAUUUUUCAUUAUUAAAGUGGCUGGAGAUGAGUCAGUGUGUUGGCAGCAGCCACUCAAUGUUAGUGAUGGCUGUUUAUCAGUCUGAUGGCCUUGAGAUAGAAGCUGUUUUUCAAUCUCUUGGUCCCAGCUUUGACGCACCUGUACUGACCUCGCCUUCUGGAUGAUAGCGGGGAGAACAGGCAGUGGCUCAGGUGGUUGUUGUCCUUGAUGAUCUUUUGGGCCUUCCUGUGACAUCGGGUGGUGUUGGUGUCCUGGAGGGUAGGCCGUUUGCCCCCUGUGACAUCGGGUGGUGUAGGUGAGAGCAUCCUUGCAGUGCAGGUAGUUUGCCCCCGGUGAUGCGUUGUGCAGACCUCACUACCCUCUGGAGAGCCUUGCGGUUGUGGGCGGAGCAGUCGCCGUACCAGGCGGUGAUACAGCACGACAGGAUGCUCUCAAUUGUGCAUCUGUAAAAGUUUGUGAGUGUUUUUGGUGACAAGCCAAAUUUCUUCAGCCUCCUGAGGUUGAAGAGGCGCUGCUGCGCCUUCUUCACCACGCUGUCUGUGUGGGUGGACCAAUUCAGUUUGUCUGUGAUGUAUACGCAGAGGAACUUAAAACUUUCCACCUUCUCCACUACUGUCCCGUCGAUGUGGAUAGGGCGCUGCUCCCUCUGCUGUUUCCUGAAGUCCACAAUCAUCUCCUUUGUUUUGUUGACAUUGAGUGUGAGGUUAUUUUCCUGACACCACACUCUGAGGGCCCUCACCUCCUCCCUGUAGGCCGUCUCGUCGUUGUUGGUAAUCAAGCCUACCACUGUAGAGUCGUCUGCAAACUUGAUGAUUGAGUUGGAGGCGUGCAUGGCCACGCAGUCAUGGGUAAACAGGGAGUACAGGAGAGGGCUGAGAACGCACCCUUGUGGGGCCCCAGUGUUGAGAAUUAGCGGGGUGGAGAUGUUGUUACUUACCUUCACCACCUGGGGGCGACCCGUCAGGAAGUCCAGGACCCAGUUGCACAGGGUGGGGUCGAGACCCAGGGUCUCGAGUUUGAUGACGAGUUAGGAGGGUACUAUGGUGUUAAAUGCUGAGCUGUAGUCGACGAACAGCAUUCUCACAUAGGUAUUCCAGGACAACAAAUACAAAUUCCAUCUAGAUACCGUUGCCCUAGAGCACACAUAAAACCAUACCUACAGUGGCCUUGUGAAAGAAUUGAAGUAUUGAUUUGAUUUUUGGGGGGUGUGUAUCAUUUGAUUUACACAACAUGCCUACCACUUUGAAGAUGCAAAAUAUUUUUUGUGAAACAAAAAUACAGAAAACCUGAGCGUGCAUAACUAUUCACCCCCCUUAAGUCAAUACUUUGUAGAGCCACCUUUUGCAGCAAUUACAGCUGCAAGUCUCUUGGGGUAUGUCUCUAUAAGCUUGGUACAUCUAGCCACUGGGAUUUUUGCCCAUUCUUCAAGGCAAAACUGCUCCAGCUCCUUCAAGUUGGCUGGGUUCUGCUGUUGUACAGCAAUCUUUGUCAUACCACAGAUUCUCAAUUGGAUUGAGGUCUGGGCUUUGACUAGGCCAUUCCAAAACAUUUAAAUGUUUCCCCUUAAACCACGUGAGUGUUGCUUUAGCAGUAUACUUAGGGUCAUUGACCUGCUGGAAGGUGAACCUCUGUCUCAGUCUCAAAUCUCUGGAAGACUGAAACAGGUUUCCCUCAAGACUUUCCCUGUAUUUAGUGUCAUCCAUCAUUCUUUCAAUUGUGACCGGUUUCCCAGUCCCUGCCGGGAUAGUGUUUCCGGGGUGAUCAGAUGUGUUGGGUUUGCGCCAGAUAUAGCAUUUUCCUUGAUGGCCAAAAAGCUAAAUUUUAGUCUCAUCUGACCAGAAUACCAUCUUCCAUAUGUUUGGGGAGUCUCCCACAUGUCUCUUGGCAAACACCAAACGUGUUAGCUUAUUUUGUUUUAAAGUGGUCCUAUGGACAGAUACUCCAAUCUCUGCUGUGGAGCUUUGCAGCUCCUUCAGGGUUAUCUUCGGUCUCUUUGUUGCCUCUCUGAUUAAUACCCUCCUUGCCUGGUCCGUGAGUUUUGGUGGGCGGCCUUCUUGGCAGGUUUGUUUUGUUGUGGUGCCAUAUUUAAAAAAUAAUAAUAAUAAUGGUGCUCCUGACGUUUCAGAUAUUUUUUUAUAACCCUGAUCGGUACUUCUCUACAACUUUGUCCCCGGCAUGUAUGGAGAGCUCCUUGGUCUUCACGGUGCCCCUUGCUGAGUGGUGUUGCAGACUCGGGGGCCUUUCAGAACAGGUGUAUAUGUACUCAGAUCAUGUGACAAAUCAUGGGACACUCAGAUUGCACACAGGGUGAAUACAUAUGCAUGCACCACUUUCCCAGUUUUUAAUAUAUAUAUAAUAAUAAUAUAUUUUUUUAUUUUUAUAAGUCAUUUUUUUUCCAUUUCCCUUCACCAAUUUGGACUAUUUUGUGCAUGUCAUUACAUGAAAUCAAAAUAAAAUUCCAUUUAAAUUACAGGUUGUAAUGCAACAAAAUAGGAAAAACGCCAUGCGAUGAAUAGUUUUGCAACGCACUGUACCUUGACCUAAACAUCAGUACCACAACUUCCACAAAUCUGUGAACGAGCUGAGAGACAAGGCAAGAAGAGCCGUCUACGCCAUCAAAAGGAACAUCAAAUUAGACAUACCAAUUAGGAUCUGGCUAAAAAUACUUGAAUCAGUCAUAGAACCCAUUGGCCUUUACGGUUGUGAGGUCUGGGGUCCCAUGCCAACCAUAAUUCACAAAAUUAAGACUCUGCAUGCAGAAUUCUGCAAAAACAUCCUCAGUGUACAACAUAAAACAACAAAUAAUGCAUGCAGAGCAGAAUUAGGCCAAUUCCCGCUAAUUAUCAAAAUCCAGAAAAGAGCUGUUAAAUUCAUACGCAGUGAGUCAGGAAUCAGAGAGAGCGGUAAAUAACAAGACACAGCAGAUGAACCAACCAUGAGUAGCGUACUGAAUGUGAAAACAAACCAAUAUUGUCUGAUGACUGAGGCUACUGAGGGCUAAAUAAAGGGAAGGUAAUCAAGGUGAUGAUAAAGUCCAGGUGUGUGUAAUGAUGGGGAGCAGGUGUGCGUAAUGACGGUUGCCAGGACCGGUGCCAUCAAAUGCUGGAGAGGGAAAGAGAGAGGGCGUGACAAUUCUACGACCACCUAAAAGGAAGCGAUUCCCAGACAUUCCAUAACAAAGCCAUUACAUCCAGAGAGAUGAACCUCGAGGAGAGUCCCCUAAACUAGCUGGUCCUGGGGCUCUGUUCACAAACACAAAUAGACCCCACAGAGCCCCAAGACAGCAACACAAUUAGACCCAACCAAAUCAUGAGAAGAAAUAUAUGAUUACUUGAUACAAUGGAAAGAAUUUACCAAAAAAUAGAGCGAACUGGAAUGCUAUUUUCCCCUAAACCGAUUAAGUGGCAGAAUACUUGCCCGCUGUUGCUGACUCAAAAUGAAGGAACGCUUUGACUAUGUACAGACUCAGUGAGCAUAGCCUUGCUAUUGAGAAAGGCCGCCGUGCCUCUCAAGAGAAGACAGGCUAUGUGUACACUGCCCACGAAAUGAAGUGGAAACUGAGCUGCACUUCUUAACCUUCUGCCAAAUGUAUGCCCAUAUUAGAGACACAUUUUUCCCACAGACCUAGAAGGAAUUCCAAAACAAAUCCAGUUCUAUUGGGUGAAAUACCACAGUGUGCCAUAACAGCAGCAAUAUUUGUGACCGGUUGUCACAAGAAAAGGGAAACCAGUGAAGAACAAACACCAUUGUAAAUACAACCCUUUUUGUAUUUUAACUAUUUGCACAUCAUUGCAACACUAUAUAUAGACCAUUUAUGCCAUUUACAUUUCUUUAUUAUUUUGGAACUUGUGUGAGUGUAAAAUGUUCUGUUCACUUUUUGUUUAUUUCACUUUUGUUUAUUCAUUUCACUUGCUUUGGCAAAGUAAACAAAUGUUUUCCAUGCCAUUAAAGCCCCUUGAAUUGAAA